ACCGAGUGUAAUGGCAUUUUCCAUCGACAACGGUACAAAUAAAGUGGGCCGUUAAGAGAAAUCGGUACAGACAACACAAAAGAUACACAAAAGUUGCGUAUACGCAACGUUAAACAACACACAGCUGCUAAAGUGCCGUUAUAAAGGUGUAGAAACGAAGCUGGGAAUUUGAUUUUGUAGUGAGUACAUUUAGCGGGGAGGCGGUGUUGAAGGUGAGACGCGCAAACGAAUUCGCCGCCGCAGUGAACUAGCAGAGCGAAAGCUGAAUCGUAGCAGCAAGCACCUACAAUAAACGCACAAUUCGCCGCAUUCGCCGCAAACGCUUGCUGCUCAGUGUCUCAACAGCGAAGCAGUCAUAGUCAGCCACAGUGGCGCAACGAAUUUUCCUUUAGUAUCCUUACGGACGUGAAAAACUGAGUAGUCAACGCGAGAAGAGGCAACAAACGAGCGUGCGAAAGCAAAGCAAAGUAGCAGAAGCCAAAGUAUAUAGAGUGUUGUAGCAAAAAUUUAUGCAAAAACGCGCAGCUUGUCUGAAAAUUAAGUGCGUGUGUGUGGAAAAAAUUUCGAAAUUCCCAAAAGUUGUAGAAAAAGUAGUUGUAAAAGUAGUUUAACGGGCCACCGAGCUUGCGAAAUAGGUUGCUGCCGAGUAAGCGACGAAAAAAAACUCACAAGUCAAACUCGCUUGCGACCACAAAGCGUGAAAAAAUAAGUAUACCAGCACAACUGUGUGUACAUGCGUGUGUGUGUGUUUGUAGCAGCUGCCAGUGACGAGCAACUAAACCAUUAAAACGCUACUAAACAGUUGAUUAUAUGUGCGUGCACAUGUGUAUGUGUGUCGAUGCUUGCUGGUGUGAGUACGUGAGUUUCUUGGAAUUGCAACAAAUUGAAUUCAAUUGAGAACACUAAUCGCGCAACGCCAGCUGCCACUUCACAAAAGCAGCAAAAGCAACCAAAAAACAACAAAAAACAACAGUAAAAACAACAGCAACAAAAACCCAAAACCAACACGGGCACAAGCAGCAGCGCCAGCUAGCAAUUAGGCCAGCCCGAAAGCGCAGUAAUAAAACUAAAAGGUAACGCAAUUGACUGAAUUCACACUUCCAUUUGGCAUACGCAAGCGACCCAUAACCCAUAAGCGCCUGAAAGCAUACUACACUUUUCCGUACUUUGUCACUUUGCUGGCAAACACGCGCGCUAUCAGCGUCAUCACAAUCGUCAUUAACAGCCGUGAGCGCGCAUAAAUUUACGCUUCCAUAAACAUAUACAAAUAUAUAAUAAAUAAGAUAUAUAUACAUACUAUAUACUAUAUAAUACAACACAAUAGCAGUCACAAAGCAUACAAGCGCUUAAGCAAGACCGCGUUAAGCUGAUAAAAACUACAGUACGCAAGUAAAACACGCUCAGCUUUUGCAGCUAGCAGCAGCUUGAACUUUAUUUUUUCGCCCAGUUUGCUUCAGCGGCCUCAAAAUACACAUACAAACGAAUAUGGCUGGCGGUGGGGACCCCAAGUGGCAGAAGGAUGCGGCCGAUCAAAAUUUCGACUAUAUGUUCAAAUUGCUUAUAAUCGGCAACUCAAGUGUGGGCAAGACAAGUUUUCUCUUUCGCUAUGCCGAUGACAGUUUCACCUCAGCUUUUGUGUCGACGGUCGGCAUCGAUUUCAAAGUGAAAACCGUGUUUCGACAUGACAAACGCGUCAAGCUGCAGAUCUGGGAUACAGCGGGUCAAGAACGCUACAGAACAAUAACCACAGCAUAUUAUCGUGGCGCCAUGGGUUUCAUUCUGAUGUAUGAUGUCACAAAUGAGGAGAGUUUCAAUUCCGUACAAGAUUGGGUGACUCAAAUCAAGACAUAUUCCUGGGACAACGCACAAGUGAUACUUGUCGGCAACAAAUGCGACAUGGAAGAUCAGCGAGUGAUCUCAUUCGAACGAGGCCGACAGCUGGCCGAUCAGCUAGGUGUGGAAUUCUUCGAAACCUCAGCCAAAGAAAAUGUGAAUGUUAAGGCUGUCUUCGAACGACUGGUGGAUAUAAUUUGCGACAAAAUGUCGGAGAGUUUAGACUCGGAUCCGACGUUAGUGGGCGCCGGGCAAAAGGGACAACGACUGACAGAUCAACCUCAAGGCACGCCCAAUGCGAAUUGUAAUUGUUAAACACACAUACACAAACACAUACUUAAACACAUACAUAGGCACAUAUAUACAUAAAUAGACACAUGUAGACACAAAUAAACUUAAAUAAAUAAAUAAAUGUAAAACUAUAUAAGCUAAGUGAGGCAGUAAUACAUAUACAUAUAUAAAAGGAGUAAUUCUGUUGACUUAUGUUGUCCGGUUUUUGUUGUCUCAGUUUUUAGUGUUUUUGAAGAAGAAGACACUGAAGAAUAGAUGUAAUUAAAGCGUGUUGCAUGUAAAUGUGCUGAGAAAAAAGUAUGAAAUUAUUACAAACAAGCCGUUAAUGCUGUUGAAAAUAUAAUAAAUUGUGUAGAAAACAUUGUCAAAAGGGGCACAGCAAAUAAUGAAAACGAAGAAGGUUGCCAGAUAAACAAUAUUUACAAGUCUACAAACGAAACUUUAUUGAACAAGCUAUAAAUAAUUAACUAAAUAAAAAAUAAUAAUUAAAACAAAUAAUAUUAAAAAAACGUUAUUAAAAUAAAAAAAUAAUAUAAUUUAAAAAAUGUAUUUAAAAAAUUAUAUAAUAUUAAUGAAUAAUGAAACUAAACAAAAAAUAAUAAAAUUGAAAUAUUAAUGUGAAAAAAAUUAAUUUAAUUAAUAAAUAAUUAAUUAUUA